AUGUCGGCGUCAAGGUGUGCUUCGCCGUUUUCUCUGCUUAACCCGACGGCACAUUCGUCACCCUAUCAGUGCGACCCAGAAUUCGUGCCACACUGGUAUCUCAACGACGAUCUGAUGCACGACUGCCCCUUCAAUAUCAAGACGUGUCAAGGCUGUGAUGGCAGCCAUUCAGACUGCGUUUCUGAAGAUGGCGUCGACCAGCGCUCCGAGGCUUCGACUUCAUCAUCCAGGACAGGGGUCGCUUUGUCGUACAUGCGCUCGGCGACACCGUCAUCCAGCAUCGUGUCGUUCAACAGCUCGGCGGCGUGCCGAAUACAGCUCAAGGAGGAGUUUCUCAGACUCUACUUUCCGGCCGGCAUAUCUCACAACGACACCGACUUCAUGUUCUCUAAAUUCCUCUGUCGCGACAUGCUCGAGGACAAAGGAACGGCCAGCCGACUUGCGAUCGACGCAUUGGCAUUCAUCCAAAUAGGAACGGCACAACGGGACGAGAGGCUGGUUCACGAGGCCCACUCGAGAUACCAAGCCGCAGUGAGAAGCCUCAACACCGAUCUUGCCGACCCCGGAGCAAUGUACAACGACGGAGUGCUUAGUGCUGCCUACAUUCUCGGAUUCUGCGAAGUCUUUAAACCGCUCUGUCCCACGGGACGACCUUGGCAAGCCCAUCACCGAGGCCUCCAAGAUCUGCUAGUAGCACGUGGACCAGACGGCGAGUACUCCAGAUUCGCGCAGCUUUUCCUCUACAACUUUCGACACGUCGCAGCAAAUGCGGGAAACUCUGCGCGGAGGAAAGUCCCAAUCGCAGGCAAAGACUGGAAACGCUGUUCUGCAAUCACAGACGCCUUCAUGGCAACUCUGAGCGACCACAUCAUCACCUUGCCCGAAGCUCUACAGAGGGCCGACGCAGCUAUUAAGCGAGCAAACCCGAGCGCUCUGUACGACUCGAUCAUGGAACUGGCAAGCUACGAGCGCAGCAUGCAGGCCUGGUUGGUCCGGUGGUAUUCGUCUUUCGAAAAGCUACCGUAUCAUCACGAGAACGCCGAGAAGUAUCCACACUUGCAGAAACACACUCAAGGAGCACCACAAGCAUUUCCAAAGGUCUUGCGGUUCCCGACUUUCAGUCACGCCAGCGCACAGAGUGUCUACUGGAUUGCACUGCUGCAAAUCAAGCAGACGCUAUACGAAGUCAACCAAGGAUUCAAGCUCCCUAUCCUACCUAAGGCCGAAGCGAUCUUGGUCGCAGAAGCGAACGAUAUCGCGGAGAAACUUUGCCAGAGUGUAGGAUGGUUUGCACAACCCAGAUUUGGCUUCUGCGGUGUCUUGAGCUCACGUGGAGCCCUUCACUAUGCCUGUAAAUGGUAUUCGAGGCGAAUGGAACUACAGAAAAUCGCUUGGUGCCAGAAGGUCGCAAAGAGUCUUGAAAGGCAGAACUCCAUGGGCGAUAUCUACCAGCGAAGUUAUCCGCAAUCUCGGAAUCGAGAGCAGAAAGAGGAAGACGACGACGCCGAGUUUGAGGAAGACGAUCAACCGGAUACUCCACCUUGA